GCACCCCCCCUAAAACCCCUUCAGAGUUCAGUCUAUCUGGCGCUAAAACCGCUUAAACCCUAAACCCUCGGCAGCUCUGUCUUUCUCUAUUCUGAUUCCAUUGCCAUGGCAGCCAUGGCGAGCAGAAGAAACCCUCUCCUCACGUCGCUGCCACUAUACCUCACGUGGAGAUCCCUCCGGUACCGUACAAUUUGCAGUGGCCAUCUCGGCUUUGCAUCUUCGUCGCCGUCCAUUUCCGAACAAAUCCCCGUCCCCGGAAUGAAAGUUCUAGAAACUUUCAAAGAGGAGUUUGAAAUCGGAUCGCGCUCGAUCACUUUCGAAACCGGCAAGAUCGCUCGGUUCGCUAAUGGCGCAGUUGUUAUGUCCAUGGAUGAGACCAAAGUCCUCUCCACCGUUGCUUCAUCCAAAGGCGACGCAGCUCGUGAUUUCUUGCCACUCACCGUUGACUAUCAAGAGAAGCACUUUGCACAAGGUGUGAUUCCAACCACAUUCAUGCGGAGGGAAGGUGCUCCAAGAGAGAGGGAACUUUUAUGUGGUCGUCUUAUUGAUCGACCAAUAAGACCACUGUUUCCUGCUGGCUUUUAUCACGAGGUUCAGGUAAUGGCAAGUGUUCUUUCUUCUGAUGGGAAACAAGAUCCAGAUGUAAUGGCAGCUAACGCAACAUCUGCUGCUCUAAUGUUAUCAGAUAUUCCUUGGGGCGGCCCCAUUGGAGUUAUACGUAUAGGGAGGAUUUGUGGGCAGUUUAUUGUUAACCCUAGCAUGGAUGAGCUUAGUUUAAGUGAUCUCAACUUGGUGUAUGCAUGCACAAGGGAUAAAACUUUGAUGAUAGAUGUGCAAGCCCGUGAGAUUUCUGAGAAAGAUCUAGAAGCUGCGCUAAGGCUGGCUCACCCUGAGGCAGUUAGAUAUCUUGAACCACAAAUCAGAUUGGCAGCUAGGGCUGGUAAAAGUAAAAAGGAAUAUACGUUGUCUAUGGUGUCAGAUAUAACAUUUGAGAAAGUCAGGAACUUGGCAGAAGCGCCUAUUGAAGCUGUUUUCACGGAUCAUACAUAUGGCAAGUUCGAACGUGGUGAAGCUUUAGAUCUAAUCACUCAAGAUGUAAAACGAGCCCUCGAAGAAGAAUGCGAUGAAGAAAGCUUAAAAGUUCUACCAAAAGUGGUUGACACAGUGAGGAAAGAGGUUGUCCGCAGAAGGAUUAUUGCAGAAGGACUUAGAGUUGAUGGAAGGCAUCUCAAUGAAGUUAGGCCUUUGUAUUGUGAAUCUGGCAAUUUACCUAUAUUGCAUGGAUCAUCACUCUUUUCACGUGGAGAUACACAGGUCCUUUGUACUGUGACACUUGGGGCACCUGGUGAUGCUCAACGACUGGAUUCUCUGGUCGGUCCUCCAACAAAGCGCUUCAUGCUUCACUAUAGUUUCCCCCCAUUCUCAAUUAAUGAAGUUGGUAAACGAGUUGGCUUGAACAGACGUGAAGUUGGGCAUGGCACCCUUGCAGAGAAAGCUCUGCUUGCAGUGUUGCCUCCUGAAGAAGAGUUUCCUUACACAGUCCGUAUCAAUUCUGAGGUUAUGGCUUCUGAUGGUUCCACAUCAAUGGCAACUGUCUGUGGAGGUAGCAUGGCUUUAAUGGAUGCUGGCAUUCCACUAAGGGAACAUGUAGCAGGCAUUUCUGUGGGUCUUGUUACUGAAGUUGACCCUUCAACUAACACAAUUAAGGAUUAUCGCAUACUAACUGAUAUAUUGGGCCUGGAAGAUCAUCUGGGAGACAUGGAUUUUAAAAUUGCCGGAACACGAAAAGGAAUAACUGCUAUUCAGUUGGAUAUAAAGCCUGCUGGAAUUCCUUUAGAUAUUAUUUGUGAAUGUUUAGAGCCUGCACUCAGGGGUCGUCUUCAAAUCCUUGAUCGCAUGGAGCAAGAGAUAAAUGCACCACGUACUCAACAUUACAGGAAUUCACCUCGAUUAGCCACAUUGAAGUUCAGCAAUGAUUCACUUCGCCGCUUGCUUGGGCCUAUGGGUGCUCUAAAGAGAAAAAUCGAAGAAGAAACAGGUGCACGAAUCUCUGUCAGUGAUGGAACACUUACUGUCGUUGCUAAGAAUCAAAGUGUGAUGGAUAAAGUACAAGAAAAGGUUGAUUUUAUAGUUGGCCGUGAGAUUGAAAUUGGAGGUAUUUACAAGGGUGUGGUAACUUCAGUAAAAGAAUAUGGUGCUUUUGUGGAGUUUAAUGGUGGCCAGCAAGGCCUCCUUCACAUUUCUGAGUUAUCUCAUGAACCGGUCGUUCGCGUUUCAGAUGUAGUGUCUAUUGGCCAGCAGAUUUCAUUAAUGUGCAUAGGGCAGGAUGUUCGUGGUAACAUCAAAUUAUCACUCAAAUCAACUUUACCCCGACCAGGCUCUGACACGAAUAAUGUGGUUGAAGGAUCCAUUCCUAUUACCAAACAAGCACCUAGUGUGUGGGCAUCAAUUGGGGAUGUUCCUGACAGUGAAGAAAAGCAGAACUCUGACCUGGAAGAGUUGCCAGUUGCCAAAGAUGAAACCAGUGAAGGAAGCCUGCCUACUUCUAAAUUACCAUCAUUUCUAAUUCGAAGUGCUGCUGAGUGUGAUGAGGAGGAAAAAUCUGCUGGCUUCAAUCAGAGUUCUAGAAAUACCUCUAAACCCCGAAGCAUUUCGGGUUCCAAUGACAAGUUAAAAACAUCUCCACCUCAAAAUGGUAUGUCUGAUUCAGCUAAAAAUGUUAAAAAGUCAAAAAUAUCCUCACAAAAGGAGAAAGAUAUAAACUCCAUUUUCACUAUCUUAAGUAUGGGUGAAGAUGGGGAUAAACAUGGCUCUGCAUUCAAUGCAAAUUCUCAAAAUGAUUUAAAUGAUACUAAAGAAGUACCUGAGACUUGCACUGGUGCAAAAAACCUGAAGCUUGGAAUGAAGCUCAAUGCCAAGGUGUAUCAAAUUCGUACCCAUGGGCUAGUCCUUGAUUUGGGUGGUGGAAUUCGAGGAAUGUAUCGGUUUGAGGGUGAUAAUGAUAAGAGGGACUUUAAGGUUGGUGAUGAGUUGCAUGUCAUGUGUUCCAGUUUUUCUACAAAGGGGAUUCCAGUAAUGUCUUUGGUGGAAGAUGAGUAGUGUUACAUUGGCUAUCAUUUUCUGAGAAUGAUGUCCCCUAGGUGGCGACCGGCGACGACAUAUCAGUGAAAGAAAAUCAUGUGUCAGCAGAAGAGAACUUAAAACACAAAUUUUGCAGAAAAUGCACACGGAUGAAACUUGGAUAUCCUUACAGUACAUAACCAGAUGGAUAAUGUAGCUUGAUUUGAGCAAAAGCUUCUGCCACUCGGUUAAAUCUAUAGGGUCAUCACAAAGGUUGGCUCUGGGACUGAGACUAGUUUCUUUGCUAGGUCAAUAAACUAGUGUCAUAUUUUAGAAAUGCGUGGCUCCUGAUUUUCCAAAAUUUUGGUUGGGUGAAUCUUUGAUCGGGUCCACAUUAAUUUUGUUGUAAAUUUUGGUAUCCAUUACAUUCUGAGUAAUUUUUAGGCAUCUGAAGGUUGUCAAAAGGAAGGAAAAACAAAUUGCAUUAUAUUGAAGAACUGUUAGUGAGAAUGUUUUAUUACAUUGAUUGAUUUCUGAAUUA